AUGCUGGUGUCAGGUAAGCUGAUGCGUUGCCUGCGCUGCCCGGUGGCGUACCAUACAGGAGAGGUGUGUGUUGCGGCUGGCAGUGAGAUGUUGACCCCCACCACCAUCAUCUGCACCAACCAUUUCUCACCCAAGAAGGGCUACAGCCACCACUCGCAUGUCAACGUCAGCUGGUGCUUCGUCUGCUCCAAAGGUGGCCAGCUCCUGUGCUGUGAGUCGUGUCCAGCAGCGUUCCAUCCAGACUGUCUGAACAUCGCCAUGCCGGAUGGCAGCUGGUUCUGUAACGACUGCCGUGCCGGAAAGAAACCCAAAUACAGAGACAUCAUCUGGGUCAAACUGGGCAACUACCGGUGGUGGCCUGCAGAGAUCCAUCACCCUCGGAACAUCCCCACCAACAUCCAGCACCUUCGCCACGAGAUCGGAGAGUUCCCAGUUUUCUUCUUUGGUUCUAAGGACUACUUCUGGACGCACCAGGGCCGAGUUUUCCCCUACAUGGAGGGAGACAGGGGCAGCAGGUUCCAGAAGAAUGGGAUAGGGAAGGUCUUCAAGAACGCGCUGUUGGAGGCGGAGACUCGCUUCAAGGAGAUCAAGAUGGAACGGGAGGCCAAGGAGGCGCAGGAGAACAACAGGAAACCACCUCCGUACAAAUACAUCAAGAUCAACAAGCCAUGUGGCCGGGUGCAGGUCUACACAGCCGACGUGUCGGAGAUUCCCAAGUGUAACUGUAAGCCCACGGACGAGAAGCCAUGUGGGUUUGAGUCAGAAUGCCUGAACAGGAUGUUGAUGUACGAGUGCCACCCUCAGGUCUGUCCCAAUGCAGAGCGAUGCUGCAACCAGGACUUCACUAAGAGACACUACCCAGAGACUAAGAUCAUCAAGACUGCUGGCAAGGGCUGGGGCCUGGUGGCACUACGGGAUAUUAAGAAGGGUGAGUUUGUGAAUGAGUACAUCGGAGAGCUGAUCGAUGAAGAGGAAUGUCGCUCCAGGAUCAAGUACUACCAGGAGAAUGACAUCACUCACUUCUACAUGCUCACCAUCGACAAGGAUCGGAUUAUAGACGCCGGCCCUAAAGGGAACUACUCCCGCUUCAUGAACCACAGCUGCCAGCCCAACUGUGAGACGCAGAAAUGGACGGUGAACGGAGAUACCAGGGUUGGGCUCUUCGCUGUCUGUGACAUCCCUGCUGGGACGGAGCUCACCUUCAACUACAACCUGGAUUGCCUUGGUAACGAGAAGACUGUGUGUCGCUGUGGGGCUCCCAACUGUAGUGGUUUCCUUGGAGACCGGCCCAAGGCCUCCGGUUUCCAGGCCGCGGAGCCCAAGGGGAAGAAAGCCAAGAAGAAAGUGAAGAAGCGUCGGACGCGGAACGAGGGGAAGGAGUCUGAGGACGAGUGUUUCCGCUGUGGAGACGGAGGGCAGCUGGUUCUGUGUGACAAGAAGAGCUGCACCAAGGCCUUCCACCUCUCCUGCCUGGACCGAACCAAGAGACCCUUCGGGCGCUGGGACUGCCCGUGGCACCACUGUGACGUGUGUGGGAAGCCAUCUGAGGCCUUCUGCCAGCUGUGCCCCAACUCAUUCUGCAAGAACCACCAGGAGGGGGCGCUACGGCCCUGGCUCCACACCGGACAACUCUGCUGCCAGGAGCACGAUGACCCCUGACCUGGAGGGGACUGACUGAUCAGGUGCCUCUAAACGCUCCAAGAGAGGCCUGAAGGUCUAGACGCUGACCUGCAGCAGAACAUGACCCAACUCCAUAAUAAUGUUUUCAAUAUGACUGACAGCACUGUAUGUCUCUCUCAUCAGGGAUUUUCUCAACAGCUCAUUCAACCAAUCGGGUCCUUCCACUCAGCUUGUACCUGUUGUUUGUCUGUAACUCGUCUGCACUGUGGUAGAAAGCACAAAGACAACAUGGCACCUCAGACAGAUACAGCAUUAGUCUCAUCAUUCCUCUCCCCAGUUAGUUUUAUGUGUGUGUAUAUGUAUAUAUAUAUAUAUAUAUGUGUGUGUGUGUGUGAAAGACCAAAAUGAAAAUACUGGAAUAUUGUUAGUACCAGGUUAAAACUGUUUUUAUCUGAAGUAAUAUCGUAAGGCACUAUGGAUAAGUCUUGACUUACGUUUACUAUAGGCAAGUACUGCAUAUUGUUUUCAUUUGAGUAAUGUGAUGCCCACCUGUUCAGAGUUAUUAAAGCACAGAGCUGAAACUCCAUCACGUCGCUGCUGACCUCUAUAUGUACCUGUGGCUUUAAUACCGGAAUAAAGAGGACUUUAUUGAAGUUAGUUCAGUACA